AUGUCCAAAUCCACAAGGUGGCGGUGGAAAAAAUUUAAAACUAAUAAUAAUAAUGAGGAAGUAGUUGCUCCAAAUGAGAUCAUUCCUAUCGAUAACGCUCUUGAUGGCCAAGGUAAUGAAGAGAACUUUGAAUUAUAUGAGAGUACAAGCUGUAGCAGUAAUAAUAACUCUACAGACCCUCUUGGAGAUGAUAAUAAUGAUAAUUAUGAAGGAUCUGAUGACAGUAGUUCAGAUCAAAGUAAUCAACGAACACCAGGUUUUAACCGUGAUAUUGUUUUUCCUCAGUCUUCAUUGAGCAUAGUUGAUAUUAAAAUAAUGAUCAGUGCCUUUUCCCUAAGACAUUCUCUAAGCAAGGAAGGCACAAAGGAUCUUUUAAAAAUGAUAGAAGUGCUGGCAGGAAGGCCUUUGCAAACCUCAAGUUAUAAAAUAGCUAAACUUAUUCAUCCUCCAGUCGAUGCAGUUCAAUAUAAUUUUUAUUGUCAACAUUGUGGUAAUAGCUUAGAAAACAAUAUUUUAAAGGCAGACAUUCUGGGAAGAAAAAGUAAUUGCAAUGUUUGCAACAAAGAAACUGUGUUCUCAUCUGCCAUUAAUUCCAAUACAUUAGAUCUCACACACCAAUUAAAACUUUUUCUGGAAAACCCAAAUAUACAGAAGCACUUAAUUAGUAUCUUCAGCAUGAUUAGGGUCAGAUACAUUUUGAAUUACCAUGCUUUUGCCUUUGGUUUUGUGUCCAGAGUCACCACAUUUGUAACAUUUUACCUGUCCGGCCCUAGACAGUUUUCCGCUACAUGA